AUGGAGUUUUCUGGUUGGAAAGUGCGUUCUUCUUCAAGAAGGUCAAAAGAUUAUUUUGUAUAUGAUAAUGACUUUCAGUGCAACUGCAGAUUGAUGUGCAUUAAAUGCAGGGCUUGCAUUCAUAGGUAUUCUUGUACAUGUAUUGACUAUACCAUCAAAUGGAAUAUGUGCAAGCACAUACAUAGUGUUUGCCAGAUUCAGUUAAAGCAGCAACCUUCUGAACACCUAAGAAAUAGUGAAGUUACACUUACUGAGAGUGAAGAUAUUUCUGUUGUAGACGAGAAAACAGAAAUACUAGCGGAGGUAACGAAAAAAAGUGUUAAUGAUUCUGUACCUUUGUCAGUCCAAAGAAGGGAACUUAUCGCAGAGUUUUCUGGUAUUGUAUCUGAGCUGACCUCAAAUGACUUAGAAACUGCUAAAAAAAUGUUAUCAUCACUAAAGGCAACUGUAGCUGUCGGAAUGUUGCAGCAGAAACAGGCACCGCUGCAGAUAGAAAGGAAACAAUCACAAAAGAUUUUACCUCAACGUAGACUGUACUCUACAAAGAAAAACAAAAGGAGUAAUAAUGCAUCCCUGGUGCUACCAAAUUCAGAAGAAUCCAGUUUGAUCAAAUUAUCUCUACUGGCAGACAAAGAAGAUGCACUUGUGGAAGAAGGUUCAGCUGUUCAAAAGCAACCAACAAUAAAAAAUACAGAGGGUGUAGCAGGUCCAUUCCCCAUUACAGCAUGUGCCCUACAGCACAGCCCGACGAAUCGCUCAACUCCCAUGAUUCAGCAUAUAGCAAAACAGGCUGAGGUGGUAUCUAGUCCGUCUCUCGCUACAUCGUAUGUGCUGAAACACAGCCCGAGGAAUAGUGAGUACUAUGAAUCAAGAUAUUAG